AUGCGUUUCACAUCAGCAAUCUUCGCAGCCGUCGCGCUUGCAACAUCUGUUUUCGCGCAAGAGACAACACCUGGAUUCGCAGCUAUUACAGCUCCAACCAAGGACGCGAAUCUUGUGGCUGGAAGUGACUUCAAGAUUGAAUGGCAGCCAGGAACUACUCCAUCAUCUGCCACUUUCACUAUUCAACUUCUCCAAGGAGGCCCUACUCAAGACAAACUUGUUAUCGGAGAAACCAUUGCUGCUGGCGUCCCAAACUCUGGUUCAUACAACUGGAAAGUUCCAUCAGGACUUACCUUCGAACUCUAUGGUAUCAAGAUCUCCCUCGAUAGCGCACCAACGACCUUCCAAUACUCCAACCCAUUCCACAUCGUCGGUGGCUCCAGCUCAUCAAGCACGGUCAGCACCACCAGCUCUGCUUCAAGCUCCAGCACCACCUCCAGCACAAGCGUGAGCACCACCACAUCCAAGACCUCAUCUGUUAUUUCAUCCACCGUCACUGGCGUCACCACCUCAAUCCCAAGCCCAACCUCAAGCACCGUCGUUGUUCCAACCACCGCCGGCCCAGUCACCGUCAACGGAACAACCACGACUGUCCCAACCCUCACAACCGCCAUCGUCAGCCCAUCCGGUAACGGCACCAUCGUACGACCAACCAGCACAGGCCCAGCAGUCAACCCAACGAACGCUGCUGGCAAGGCCGCCACCGGAGGUUUUGCUGUCAUCGGUGGUUUGGCUCUUGCAUUCAUCUUGUAA